CUACGCUCGCCCAGCUGUCGGACCUGGGAAAUUCUCCGGCUCCAGACCCCGAGGCGCGCUCAGGCGUCGCCACGAUGCAUCCUGGGAGUGGUAGUUCUCUCGACUCUGGGAGUGAAAGACUGUGGACGGGAGUAGGACACCGAGAAAACUACAAGGAGGAGGCGGGGCUCGGGGCAAGGAAUCUACGCGGCUCGCCGUGGCGAAGGCGGCUAUAGUGGCAGCAUGAAGCGCACCCCGACUGCCGAGGAACGCGAGCGUGAAGCUAAGAAACUGAGGCUUCUUGAAGAGCUUGAAGACACUUGGCUUCCUUAUCUGACUCCCAAAGAUGAUGAAUUCUAUCAGCAGUGGCAGCUGAAAUAUCCUAAACUCAUUCUCCGAGAAGCCGACAGUGUAUCCGAGGAUCUCCAUAAAGAGGUUCAAGAAGCUUUCCUCAUACUGCACAAGCAUGGCUGCUUAUUUCGGGACCUGGUUAGGAUCCAAGGCAAAGAUUUGCUCACACCGGUGUCUCGCAUCCUCAUUGGCAAUCCAGGCUGCACCUACAAAUAUCUGAACACCAGGCUCUUUACAGUACCCUGGCCAGUGAAAGAUUCUGAUAUAAAAUACAUUGAGGCUGAAAUAGCUGCUGCUUGUCAGACCUUCCUCAAGCUCAAUGACUACCUGCAAACAGAAACCAUCCAGGCUUUGGAAGAACUUGCUUCCAAAGAGAAGGCUAAUGAGGAUGCCGUGCCAGUGUGUAUGGCUGCAGAUUUCCCCAGAGUUGGCAUGGGGUCAUCCUAUGAUGGACAAGAUGAAGUGGACAUUAAGAGUAGAGCAGCAUACAAUGUAACUUUGCUCAAUUUCAUGGAUCCUCAGAAAAUGCCAUAUCUGAAAGAAGAGCCUUAUUUUGGCAUGGGGAAAAUGGCAGUGAGCUGGCAUCAUGAUGAAAAUCUGGUGGACAGGUCAGCGGUGGCAGUGUACAAUUAUAGCUGUGAAGGUCCUGAAGAGGAAAGCGAGGAUGACUCUCAUCUUGAAGGCAGAGAUCCUGAUACUUGGCAUGUUGGUUUUAAGAUCUCAUGGGACAUAGAGACACCAGGAUUGGCAAUACCACUUCACCAAGGAGACUGCUAUUUUAUGCUUGAUGAUCUAAAUGCCACCCACCAACACUGUGUUUUGGCUGGUUCACAACCUCGGUUUAGUUCUACCCAUCGAGUAGCAGAGUGCUCAACAGGAACCUUGGAUUAUAUCUUGCAACGCUGCCAGUUGGCUCUGCAGAAUGUCCACGACAACGUGGACAAUGGUGAUGUCUCUUUGAAGUCCUUUGAGCCUGCAGUUUUGAAACAAGGAGAAGAAAUUCACAAUGAGGUUGAGUUUGAGUGGCUGAGACAGUUUUGGUUUCAAGGCAAUCGAUACAAAAAGUGCACUGAUUGGUGGUUUCAACCCAUGGCCGAGCUGGAGGAACUGUGGAAGAAGAUGGAAGGUGUGACAAAUGCAGUGCUUCAUGAAGUUAAAAGAGAGGGGCUCCCCAUGGAACAAAGGAAUGAAAUCCUGACUGCCAUCCUUGCCUUGCUCACCACACGCCAGAACCUGAGGAGGGAAUGGCAUGCCAGGUUAGUUUUGUUACCAAAUGGAACUUCUUGUGCCUGACAAACAAAAG